UCUCUAUACCUAUAGUGUCUUAUCGGCGGGGUGUUGUGGCUUUGCCUAUCGACGAUGUGUAUAGUGCGAGUCGAGCGAGAAUAUCAAGACGCGUGCGGGGGCUUCAUUGUUGUGACGCAGACUUAGAAACAAAAACAAAUCGUAUUUACUGUUAUCGCGAUGCGGCCGCCGCGAGCCGCGCUCUCAGCUGCUCAAGCUAUAAUCCUGAAAGCUGCACCUAUUCGCGCAAGUCUAAGCCCCGUUAUAUAGAGGGCGCUGAAACGAGGGAUUCUUGGACGUGCGGGUGUACGUUGACAUCGCUAGAUGACUCUACCUCUCGCUCCACCUGCGCAAGCUACGCUUAAUUGUAUAUAAUUUCAUCGUGUGCACCGAAUGUGCACCCAAUAACGCAUCGGGUACUUAUAGGUAUAUAUGGGUACCUAUAUAUUUUGGAAAUGACGACAGAAUAUACUGUGGAUCCAAGGCGAUAAAUUCAUUCAAGAACCAAAAGUUUUCGAGGCAGUGUCCAUUGAUAAUAGGUACAGCGGAAUCGCGGAAGAACGAAGGAAACGUCGCUUAAUUUAAGUAGUACGAAGUACAAGAGGUGGUUAUCCAGAAUAACAGACUUUAUAAACAAACAACAAAAUGUCUGAGCGUAAAGUAUUAAACAAAUACUAUCCCCCGGAUUUCGAUCCGUCGAAGAUUCCGCGCAUGAAAUUAGCGCGGAAUCGUCAAUACACGGUUCGUUUGAUGGCCCCGUUCAACAUGAGAUGCAAGACUUGUGGAGAGUACAUCUACAAGGGUAAAAAAUUCAAUGCCAGAAAGGAGGAUGUCGAAGGUGAUACAUACCUGGGUAUACGUAUAUACAGAUUUUACAUAAAGUGCACUAGGUGUCUGCAAGAAAUUUCCUUCAAAACUGACCCUAAGAAUACAGACUAUGAGAUCGAGGCUGGGGCCACGAGAAAUUUCAUGGCCCUCAAGUUAGCGGAAGAGCAAGCCAAGCGAGAAGAAGAUGAGGAGAAAGAAGAGGAGGCUACUAAUCCUAUGAAGUUGUUAGAAAAGAGGACACAGCAAUCGAAAAAUGAAUUGGAUCUAUUGGAGUCCUUGGAGGAACUGAAGGAUUUGAACCGCAGGCAGCAAACCAUAAAUUACGACGAGAUGCUUGAACAGUAUGACACAUCCGCUGCUAGGAUAAGAACAGAAAAGGAGCAAGAGGAGUACGACGAGCAGCUAGUCAAGGAAAUAUUCAAGAACAAGAAGAGGGUUGUGGGAGAAGUCAUUGAAGAAGAAACAGUAGAAGAACCAGUGGAAAAAUUACCAAAGCUGUCAUCCACUUCAUCAGAUUUGGUACCUGUAGCAGUUUCAAAAUCCACUGUCAGCAUCGCUGCCAGGAGAAAAAAUCUUGGUAUUAAAUUAAAAUCGAAUAAGCCUGCUGAAGCCACGGGUGUUAGUAAGAAUGAAACGACUGGCAGCAACAGUGAAAAGGAUGAUGUACAAAGUGCCAGCAAGAACUGUGAUACUCCAAAAGUAGAGACUGUUAGUGCUACUGAAAAGAAACCAAGUGGACUGUUAAUGUUGGGUGCAUAUUCGGACAGCAGUGGCAACGAUAGUGACUAGACUAAUAUGAAAAGUAUAUUUUGGUAUUAAAAUACAAAGCACAGUACACACAUUUUUUUGUAAUGAAAAAAAAAAAUGACGGUACAAAAUAAAUUUAUUUUUAAAAAUAUCUGGAUUGUAAAUUGUCUGUAAAAAGUCAGUUUAUUAAUGAAAGACACUGUAGUCUGUAGCUAAUUGAUUAAAGUACUAGGUAAUAAAUUUAUAUGCAUUAAUUUGACACUGAAAAA